CAUGGUGGUACCAACUUUCUAUACACCCAUUCUUCUCUGUUCCAGUGUGGUUCAAGAAGAAACUUUUCUUCUCCCUCUCUCUCUGUCUCUGUUCAUUACUUCACGCAUAUAUUCCUUCAAAUUCAUUCUACUUUUUCUUAUCCAAUCAAUCAAGGUACCCUCCAUCUCUUCCCUUUCGCACAUUCUUUGAUCCUUUUUUUUCUUCACGCCAACUCUCUUCUGGGUUUCUGUCAUCUUCAGAUUCUCAUCAGAACUUCGUUACUAUUAUGUUUUUAUUCCUUAUUGGUGUUUGGUUGCUGAGAAACUCCCAGAAAAUAACCACUGUUCCCAUGUAUUGAUCCUCUGUUUGUUCACAACAUUUUUUUUUUGUAUGUGUGUGUAGAGUCUAGAUAGAAACUCAGAGUAUUGACCCACUUCUGAAUUUUCUUUGGUUUUUUGGUCCUUCAUUGGAAAAACCAAAAAAGACUAGUCUUUUUUGGGUCUGGGUAUGGUAUUCUUCUUCUUUUCUUGAUAAUACAAUAUUUUCCUUAAUUUUUUAUUUUAUUUUUUUGUGAAAAGUUACUUUGUUAAGAGUGGUGGAAAAUGUUGGGGACGGCUUUGCAAUUUGGAGGUGUUCGUGGUGAUGAUCACUUUUACAUUCCGGUGAAGGCAAGGAAGAACCAGAAUCAGCGUAAACUGGUUCAAAGAGAGAAGGGUGGUGAAACUGAGAGUGCUGAUUCAAUCUCAGAGAGGGAACUUAUUGCUUCUGAGAAUGGGAAUCCCAAGGAGUCUUCAUACUUGUUGAGCAAACCAUCUUCUUGCUCUUCUGUAGAGCCUACUAGCAACAUUGAUCGGUUUCUGGGGUCCACAACUCCUUUAGUCCCAGCUCAAUAUUUAGCUAAGACAACAAUGAGAGGUUGGAAGACUUGUGAUGUAGAGUAUCAAUCUUACUUUGCCCUAAAUGAUCUCUGGGAAUCGUUUAAGGAGUGGAGUGUAUAUGGAGCAGGAGUCCCUCUGGUACUUGAUCAAAGACAAUCUGUUGUCCAAUACUAUGUUCCUUAUUUGUCAGCUAUUCAGCUAUAUGGUCAAUCAGACAGGAAGUCAAAUACUAAGUCAAGGUACACCAGUGAAGACAGCGAUGGUGAUUAUUACAGAGAUUCAAGUAGUGAUGGAAGCAGUGACAGUGAAGUUGGAAAAAGGACUGAACUUUUUGUAGCGCAAGGAAAUGGUCAACAUUAUAAAGGUGACGUUUGGAUUCAAAUGAGCAGGCUAUCUGUACAUGAUAAGCGCAAUAGAAUGCAAGAGGGAUUUUCUAGCGAUGAUAGUGAAACUGGGAAUUCUCAAGAUCUUCUUUUUGAGUAUUUUGAUCACGAUCCUCCUUAUAGUCGUGAACCAUUGACUGACAAGAUACUUGAUCUUGCACGGCACUAUCCUAGCCUCAAGUCACUGAGAAGUUGUGAUUUAUUGCCAGUUAGUUGGAUGUCUGUAGCAUGGUAUCCUAUAUAUCGAAUACCCACUGGUCCAACAUUAAAAGAUUUAGAUGCCUGCUUUCUUACAUACCAUACACUGCAUACACCCUUGACAGGAAAUGGAGGUACCCAGGGUCCAAUUUUGGUUUAUCCAAAAGACGUGGAUGGUGUACCAAAGAUUUCCUUACCAACUUUUGCAAUGGCUUCCUACAAGUUAAAGGGGUCUAUAUGGACACAAAAUGGAGUUAGAGAGAGUCAACUAGCAAAUUCUCUCUUGCAGGAUGCAGAUAACUGGUUACGGCAGCUUCAAGUGAAUCACCCAGAUUAUCAGUUCUUCAAAUCACAUGGCACAUACCACAGGUGAACCAAAUGAGAUAACAUGUCAUUACGUUCUGAUGGCUAAAGCUGUUAGCCUUAAAUUUCUGUGUUCAUUGCUCAAUUCAAACUUGGUAUGGUCCAUCCAUCAAUAGAGAAUGAUGGGUUUGGCACUUCUAAUGUGGAUUCCUCUUCCUGUUACCCAAGCUUAAGCAGCACAAAAGAUGAGCUGGUCUCAAGUCAAGAGUGAAAUAGAGAUUGCUAAAGUGAAAAAAAAAAAAAGAAAAAAAGAAAAGAAAAGAAAGAAGAGAUGGAUAAAGUGAAAAUAAAAGAAAGAAAAGGGGUUUUGUGUGGAGAAACACUGUCACAUAAGUGUAAAAUUCUUAUGGAUGGGAAGAUAAAGCAGAACAUGCAACAAAAAAGGUUUUCAGGGAAGAAUAUGUGAGAUUAAGCUAGAUGUUCCCAGACUUUUGAGCUAAAAUAACGAUUGAGUUUUCAGUCUAAAUAUAUACUGUAGUUAUGUUAUGUUGUGAUUUAGAAAAGAAUUGAUGGAAUAUGACAAGGUACUAUUGUGGAUCCAAGUAAGUGUAUCUGGUGAACACCUUGUUACAUGGGCUGAACAAUAGUUUACCAUUUUAAAAGAAGUGUUGUAUUCUCGAGAUGUUAAUCAUAAGCUCUAUCAAAGUUGCAGUAUUUGGACAAGUAUGAA